AUGUUCGGUGUUACUCCCCUGCCUCCAAACGAGGAUCCGUUAUUAAAUUUUGGAAGAGCUCUGGGUUUCGAAAGAUUGAUCAAGAUGCCCUUCUUACAUGCUGAAGCUGUCCGAGUCUCGAAACAGGUGAAUCCUCCUGCUCCUACUAUUGAUUUCUUACCCGGGACCUUCGUGUUGAAAAGGGCGAUGAACAAGGUUAACAAGAUGUGUAGUAACUGGGAAGAUGUAGUUUAUCGGGUCGUAACUUCUUUCAGUAAUAAUACUUAUGUGUUGGUAAAUGCUCAAACUGGUGCAUUGUUGAAGAAUCGAGUCAAUGGAAUCCAUCUGAAGAAGUAUUUUCUUAGUGAAGAAAAUGUAUAG